AAGGCGGAAGUCAACAAACGGAGCUGCCCUGCAGCAAAAUGCAACAACUCAAAGCACUUCCCUUUUCUCUCCUUUUCUUUUUUUCUACCUAACGUUUUUCGGCUAGACGCUAGAACCAAGACAAGUGUCUCUAACAAGGCAACUUUCGGAAGUAUUAUGAAUUGUUACUUUGUUUACAUUAGAAUUAAAGAGUCAUACUUUGUAACAGUUGAACGGUCAGUCCAGCCAUGGCCAGUGAACCUCCUCUGUCGAGCGUGAACGUGGUGCUUGUCAUGGCAUAUGGAAGUUUGGUGUUUGUUCUGUUGUUCAUCUUCAUGAAAAGACAAAUAAUGAGGUUUGCCAUGAAGUCCAGAAGAGGACCUCACGCUCCCAUCGGACACAACGCCCCAAAGGAGCUGAAACAGCUGAUAGAAGCCAAACUCUGCCAGGUCCAAAGGAUUCACUUUGAGCCCCGUCUGCUGUCUCCAGAUGACGACAGGCUCACAUCGGCUUCCUGUGACUACAAAUAUAGAAUGAGAGCACUAGAUGCCAUCAGAGAUACAGAUUUUCCUUUUCGUGAGCUGGGGGGAGCUUCGACAGCUGUAACAGGAAAGAGGUUUAGAACAUGGCUUCUCCAGCUCCGAACUUCACACUGUCUAUUUCAGAACAGCCAAAGCUCCCUCAUUGACACAGUAUUGGAGGGUUACAAUAAAGCCCGCCAUGGAUCAGAGGCUUUUGGAGAAGCUGAAUUUGUAAAAUACCAAGAAGCUUUGAAUGAAUUGGCUUCUCUUGUAAAGUCCCACAGCAGCAGCAGCAGCAGUGCCUCUGUGGCUCAGCAUCAAACUGCAGCCAAAGACUUGACCAGCAGCACAGAGCCCACCUCACUCACCUCCCCCACCCAGAGCACCUCCCUCAUGGCCCAGCGCAAGAGACCCAGGAACCUUCUGGAGCUCAAGAACUUCAAAGACAACUACAACACACUGGACAGUACACUCUAAAAGUAAACAUUGCCUAACAGAAUGUCCUAGUAGUGCCUACAGAUGUCACUGCACUGCCUUCAUAUUAGGGAUGUAGCCAUAACUGAAAUCUCAAAUCACAAAGCUCCUUUUAAAUGUUUGGUUGCAGCAGCUAAAAAAAAAACAUGAAACUACAUAGACCAUGAUCCUUUGCUGUGUUUCAGUGCAGGCAGCAUGAAAACAUAAUUGGCUAAGUGCAGUUAUGAUUCUCACCAAAGUCUUGAAAGCAUUUUGAAAAGACAAAAAUAGCAUUUUUGCAAUUCUGUCCUCAAAGUAUCACGAUAAAUAUUGUACCGUGAGAUGCAUAUUGUGAUAAUAUCAUAUUGUGAGAUUCAAUAUGGUUACAUCCCUACUUAGUACUUGCACAGAAAGCCUGGUUUACAGUCUACUACAUAUCAAAGCACUCUCACAAUACUUAUACAAUAUUUGCUUUAACUGUUACUGCACGGCUGUGUUCUCAAAAAAGCCAUUGCACUUAAGAGUUGUUUGACCAAAAUGUAUUUAGCAUCAGACAAUCAGUAUUUAUUGCACAGUAUGAAGCUAUGCAGCAUUGUUAACUUAGCACACUGUUUAUAUUUGUGCCAUGAGCUACAACAGUAGAAGGUAAUGGGCUUCACUGAGUACAAUGCCAAUGUUAUGUUUAAUGUCUCAUCUCUUAUGUUUACACACUGUGCCUGUAUUUGUUAGGCCUUAAUCUUUGUUUAAUAAAAGCCAUACUUGAAAACUAUACCAACUUACUCACUACUGUAUUGUCAUGUAUUGUCAUGUUACUGCCAAUAGAACAACAUAAUGUACUUUAUUAAGGAAAAAUAAAGCCAACAUGUUUAUGCCUUACAAUUUGCCGCCUGAGUAAAAUCAU